GCUGGUUUCCGAUUAAUGGAUUAUGUACCAGUCUCACAGAUCUACAAGAUCCCUGUAGAAGUGGCCCUCAUGCACAAAGCUCUAAGCGGACCGGAGUCAGUCGGGAAGUUUGCCGCUGUCUCCCUCUUAGACUGGUACUAUCUGGACCAGGAUCUUAUCUUAGUCACAGAAAGACCAGUUCCCUCUGAAGUCCUCACAACGUACCUUGAUUCCCAAGGAGGCAUUAUUGAGGAACAAGAGGCUAAGACCUUCCUGAAUCAGUUGGUGGAUGCAACUGAUGAAAUGCACCGUAAAGGUGUGUUUCACCGGGACAUAAAAUCAGACAAUAUCCUGGUUGAAAUUGGCUCCAGUGUCCCGCGUGUCCGCCUGGUGAACUUUGGAUGUGGCAGUUUUGUUCAGGAGAGACCCCACCAUACUUUCUCUGGUACCCUUGCAUGUGCCCCUCCAGAGUGGUAUGUACGUGGGGAAUAUAAAGCUGGUCCCACUACAGUAUGGCAGGUUCUAUGUACAAGGUCAUCAGGUACUGGUACUAUCUGGACCAGGAUCUUAGUCACAGAAAGACCAGUUCCCUCUGAAGUCCUCACAACGUACCUUGAUUCCCAAGGAGGCAUUAUUGAGGAACAAGAGGCUAAGACCUUCCUGAAUCAGUUGGUGGAUGCAACUGAUGAAAUGCACCGUAAAGGUGUGUUUCACCGGGACAUAAAAUCAGACAAUAUCCUGGUUGAAAUUGGCUCCAGUGUCCCGCGUGUCGGCCUGGUGAACUUUGGAUGUGGCAGUUUUGUUCAGGAGAGACCCCACCAUACUUUCUCUGGUACCCUUGCAUGUGCCCCUCCAGAGUGGUAUGUACGUGGGGAAUACAAAGCUGGUCCCACUACAGUAUGGCAGCUGGGUGCACUGCUAUACCGUUUGCUGCAUGGUUUCAGAAACAGCACCAUGGGCAUACUGUGCGGCAAAAUGCAACUCAGCAGGGACUCAGCAACACAGCUAUCCCAAGAAAACAAAAGCAAAAGCACUGAGUCAGGCAGUGUGAGCAGAAAAAGAAAAGCCAGUAUUGACCUGGAGGCUCCAGAGAAGAGGCACAAGCAUAGCUGCAAAACCACUAACACCAGUGAACCCAGCUACAUGUUGUUGGAGGAGGUCAGCACAAGAGGAGGCAAAAGAGAAGCACUGAACAAGAGCUUCCUGGGAAGAGAUACAAGGCCAGUACCAGUAGCAGCACCAGCAGCGGCACCAGUAGCAGCAGUCCCAGCAGUACCAGGAGCUGCUGCUACUGGUGUAGAGGAGGCAAAAGAAAAGCCAACACUGAACGAGAGAUCCCCAAGAAGAGAUACAGGGCCAGUACCAAUAGCAGCACAAGCAGCAGCAAAUGCAAAGAAGUGUCUGCAGAGGAUGUCCAGGAGCUACUAACUAGGAAGAGGAAGGCCAGCACUUGUGAGGAGACGCCCAGAAAAAUGCAGAAGAGAUCUGAGCUCAACCAGAGCUCCUGCAGCUCUUCAUCUUCACAAGGGAAGAAUGGAAGCACACUCCCUGAAGUGAUCACAAGUAGAGCUGAUUUUGAGGAGCGGUAUAUGCAGUUCCGCCAGAUCGGAGAAGAUGUCUGUGGACCUGUGUAUGCUGGUUUCCGAUCAAUUGAUUACACACCAGUAGCUAUUAAAUAUGUUAAAGGGCCACAUGUGGCAAUGUACCAUAUGAAAUGAAUAUCUACAAGAUCCCUGUAGAAGUGGCCCUCAUGCAUUAAGCCACAGACGGACCGGAGUCAGUCGGGAAGUUUGCCGCCGUCUCCCUCUUAGACUGGUACUAUCUGGACCAGGACCUUAUCUUAGUCACAGAAACACCAGUUCCCUCUGAAGUCCUCACAACGUACCUUGAUUCCCAAGGAGGCAUUAUUGAGGAACAAGAGGCUAAGAAUUUCUUGAAUCAGUUGGUGGAUGCAACUGUCGAAAUACACCGUAAAGGUGUGUUUCACCGGGACAUAAAAUCAGACAACAUUCUGGUUGAAAUUGGCUCCAGUGUCCCGUGUGUCCACCUGGUGAACUUUGGAUGUGGCAGUUUUGUUUAGGAGAGACCCCACCAUACUUUCUCUGGUACCCUUGCAUGUGCCCCUCCAGAGUGGUAUAUACGUGGGGAAUACAAAGCUGGUCCCACUACAGUAUGGCAGCUGGGUGCACUGCUAUACCGUUUGCUGCAUGGUUUCAGAAACAGCACCAUGGGCAUACUGUGCGGCAAAAUGCAACUCAGCAGGGACUCAGCAACACAGCUAUCCCAAG